GAGUCUUUAAAGAUAAAUGUCUAAACUAGUAAACCCAUAGAGAACAUGUAUAUAGAUUUUUUGUCUACAUAUUAUAUUAUUUGGCAAUAUUCUAGUCCGUAUAUCUGGUAUAAAAAAACACCUUUUAAAACAAGUGCAGAUAACUAGCAAAUCAACAAAACUAUAAAUCUCUCAUGAUUUAAUAACUCGUUGAAGAUUCUAUCGAGAUCUAGUCUAGACUAGAUAGAUCUAUUCUAAAGUAAUCUAAAGUGACUAGAAAAAAUAGUCUAUAGAUCUAGAUCUAGAUCUACACAUUUACACAAGAUCUAGAAAAUCUGAUCUUGUUGGAGUUUUUUGAAGGCUACAAUAUAUACAAUUACAAUUUAAAACUUUAUCAUGCCUAAACCAGCAUAUUUUUUAGAUGACCGACUAGUACCACGUAUAAAACAGAUCUUGAAGGCAGAGGCUCACCCAAUGACAGCACAUGAUGUGGCAGAAAGACUUCUAGAGCAGUACAGUGAUUAUGCAAGGAAAAAGAAGAAUAUGUUUUUAAAGAGUGUAGAGAAAGGAUUUGUCAAAGCUUGUCAAGAAUUAGUCCAAGAAGGAAUGAGCACAGCAGACUCCAACAGUGAAGAUGAUUCAAGCCUUGGAGUGGACAAGAACAUCAUGAACAACAUGAUUUCCCAAAUGUACAGGAGAAAUGAUUGUGUAACAGAGGACAGCGCAGGUUUAAAGGUUGGUGGAACUAGUCAAAAUAUACUGUUAGAGAUUUCACAAGCUGACAGGAAUGCUCCACCCCCAACACAAGCUGACAGGAAUGCUCCACCCCCAACACAAGCUGACAGGAAUGCUCCACCCCCAACACAAGCUGACAGGAAUGCUCCACCCCUAACACAAGCUGACAGGAAUGCUCCACCCCCAACACAAGCUGACAGGAAUGCUCCACCGCGAAAGAGAAAAAGACUGCCACAAGCGCUAGAGGAAAGGAAAAUCCGUCAAUUAGUCCAUCCAGGUGUCACAUUUGAGAGUAUUGGGGGAAACACACACAUCUUGAAGCACAUCGAAGAGCGUUGCCAUUUCCUGGCCUACCCAGAGCUGCUUGAAAAGAUCAAGGGAGACCUGCCUAAAUGUUUCUUGUUCCACGGACCAACUGGAUGUGGGAAAACUUUAUUGGCCAACGCUAUAGCUGGGGAAUACAAGCUGCCUCUACUAGCAAUGACAGCCACUGAAUUGAUUGGCGGGAUCUCAGGGGACUCAGAGUCAAAUAUCAGGGACCUGUUUCUUCAGGCAGCGGAAUCUGCUCCAUGUGUCCUGUUAAUUGACGAUAUUGAUGCCAUCGCUACUAAGAGAGAAACAGCUAGCAAAGGAAUGGAGACCAGACUUGUAACUCAACUGGCAAACAGCAUGGAUGACUUGCGCAGUAAAAAUGUCUGUGUGCUUGUCAUCUGCGCCACCAAUCGGCCCAACAGUUUGGAUGAAGCCUUUAGAAGAACAGGAAGAUUUGACAUUGAAUAUGCCUUGAGGUUUCCCAAUAGAGAGGGCAGGAAAAGCAUCCUGGACGCCUUGUGCCGCGAUGUUGUGCUGGGUGAGGACGUGUCCCUGUCUGACGUGGCUGACCUGACCCCUGGCUAUGUGGGCAGUGACCUUAAGACCCUCAUCUCUAUCACCAACGCCUGCGCCUUCAACAGAAAACUUUUAGAGCUUGCUGGCCCACCAGAAGGAAACAAAAGACUGAGGAAAGUCAUCUUCUCAGCGGAGGAUCUUGACAAUUUUCAAUUGACCCUGCUCAAGUCGGAUUUUCAAAAAGCUAUGACAGAGGUCAAGCCAACAGCCAAACAAGAAGACGUGCUACUGGUCCCCAACACAACAUGGGAUGAUAUUGGAGGUCUGGACAACAUCAGGAAGCAGCUCAACUUGUGCAUUAUGGUGAGUACUGCUAGGUACUCCACGCUCAACUUGUGCAUUAUGGAAAGGACCAAAAGACCAGAAUUGUAUCAAGCCUUGGGCAUGUCUUCAGCUGCUGGUGUCUUGCUGGUCGGACCUCCUGGCUGUGGGAAAACAUCUGUGGCUAGGGCAGUAGCUAAUGAAGCUGGGAUCAACUUUCUUUAUAUCAAAGGUCCGGAACUGCUCAACAAGUAUGUGGGAGAGAGUGAAAAAAAUGUCAGAGAUCUGUUUAAAAGAGCAGGCAGCUUGGCGCCAUGUGUCAUAUUCUUUGAUGAGAUAGAUUCCAUCUGCCCUCGCAGGUCUUCCAGCUCUGAGGAGAACUCAACUAGCCGUGUGACUAACCAACUACUUUUGGAGAUGUCUGGCCUGGAGCAGAGGACAGAAGUCUACGUCAUUGCAGCAACUAACAGACUGGACAGACUUGAUAAAGCAUUCCUGCGCCCUGGUCGGAUGGAUAAAAUCAUUUAUGUGGGCCUGCCCACCCCUAAUGGUAGGGUGGAGAUUCUACGAGCCUUGACAAAGAAUGGAACUCGACCAAAGUUAGCCACUGAUGUCGACUUAAACAAGAUUGGCAGAGACAAAAGAUGUGAUGGCUUUUCAGGGGCAGAUCUAGGGAAUUUGGUUCAGGUGGCGAGGGAAGUAUGCCUGGAGCAAAUCAUUGAAGCCACUGCAACCUAUGACGGUAGUUUUCUACCUCAGGUCAAUCUGGCACAUUUUGAAGUGGCUUUUGGAAAAGUCAAACCAUCUGUGGAUAAUGAGGCCAAAAGAAAUUAUGAAGCUGUCAGGAAACUUCUGGAACAUAAAGCAGCACAAGUACCAGAUGGAUUGUCUCCCAUGGAGCUUGAAUGAUGACCAGUGGACUAAGGCUACCUUUCAGUUCAAUUGUUAACAAAACCAAAAACUUUCAUGUCCAAUUUUAUUUGUAAAUAAAACAAAACUUUGACUUUAA